GGGCUCAUGGAUACUACAGACAACAGAGAAAACUUGUUGAAGAGAUUGGCUGGUCCUAUACAGGUGCACUGAGCCAAAAAAACUGGGGAAAGAAAUAUCCAACAUGUAACAGCCCCAAACAGUCUCCCAUCAAUAUUGAUGAAGAUCUCACACAAGUCAAUGUGAAUCUUAAGAAACUUAAAUUUCAAGGUUGGGAUAAAACAUCUUUGGAAAACACAUUCAUUCAUAACACUGGGAAAACAGUGGAAAUUAAUCUCACUAAUGAUUACCGAGUCAGUGGAGGAGUUUCAGAAAUGCUGUUCAAAGCAAGCAAGAUAACUUUUCACUGGGGAAAAUGCAAUGUGUCAUCUGAUGGAUCAGAACAUAGUUUAGAAGGACAAAAAUUUCCACUUGAGAUGCAAAUCUACUGCUUCAAUGCCGACCGAUUUUCAAGUUUUGAGGAAGCAGUUAAAGGAAAAGGGAAGAUAAGAGCUUUAUCCAUCUUGUUUGAGGUUGGAAUUGAAGAAAAUUUGGAUUACAAAGCAAUUAUUGAUGGAGUCGAGAGUGUUAGUCGUUUUGGGAAGCAGGCUGCCUUAGACCCAUUCACAUUGCGGAACCUUCUGCCAAAUUCAACUGACAAGUAUUACACUUACAAUGGCUCCCUGACAUCUCCUCCCUGCACAGACACCGUUGACUGGAUUGUUUUCAAAGAUACAGUUAGCAUCUCUGAAAGCCAGUUGGCUGUGUUUUGUGAAGUUCUUACCAUGCAACAAUCUGGUUAUGUCAUGUUGAUGGACUACUUACAAAACAAUUUUCGAGAACAACAGUACAAGUUCUCUAGGCAAGUGUUUUCCUCAUACACUGGAAAGGAAGAGAUUCAUGAAGCAGUGUGUAGUUCAGAACCAGAAAAUGUUCAAGCUGAUCCAGAGAACUAUACCAGCCUCCUUGUUACGUGGGAAAGGCCUCGAGUAGUGUACGACACAAUGAUUGAGAAGUUUGCAGUUUUGUACCAGCAGUUGGAGGGAGAAGACCAAACCAAGCAUGAGUUUUUGACAGAUGGCUAUCAAGAUUUGGGUGCUAUUCUCAAUAAUUUGCUGCCCAAUAUGAGUUAUGUGCUUCAGAUAGUAGCCAUAUGUACUAACGGCUUAUAUGGGAAAUACAGUGACCAGCUGAUUGUUGACAUGCCGACUGAUGACUCUGAACUUGACUUUUUUCCUGGAUUAAUUGGAUCUGAAGAAAUAAUCAAGGAGGAAGAAGAGGGGAAAUACCUUGAAGAAGACACUGUUGUGAACCCUGGUAGAGACAGUGCCACAAACCAAAUAAGGAAAAAGGAGCCCCACGUUUCUACCACAACACAUUACAACCGCGUAAGGACUAAAUACAAUGAGGCCAAGACAAACCGAUCCCCAACGAGAGGGAGUGAAUUCUCUGGAAAGCGUCGUUUUCCCAACACCUCUUUAAAUUUUACUUCCCAACCAGACAGUGAAUUACCAACAAAAAAAUACAUUUUCCUGACUUCUCAGGCUGUGACAGAACUGCCAUCACACACCAUGGAAGGUACUUCAGCCUCUUUAAAUGAUGGCUCUAAAACUAUUCUUAGGUCUCCACAGGUGAACUUGUCUGGGACUGCACAGUCUUUAAAUGCAGUUUCUAUAACAGAAUAUCAAGAAGUGUCUACUGAUAUCAGUGAGGAAGAAAGUUUGUUGACCAGUUUCAAGCUUGAUACCGGAGCUGAUGAUGCUUCAGGCUCCAGUCCUGCAACUUCUGCUGUGCCAUUCAUCUCUGAGAACAUAUCCCAGGGAUAUAUAUUUUCUUCAGAAAACACAGAGGCAAUCACAUAUGAUGUUCUUAUACCAGACUCCACAAGAAAUGCUUCAGAAGAGUCACCUUCCUCAGGUUCAGAAGAAUCAUCAAAAGAUCCUUCUGUUGAUGGAAAUGUGUGGUUUCCUGUCUCUACAGAUACAACAACACAGCCCGAAGUUGGAUCAGGUAGAGAGAGCUUUCUCCAGACUAAUUACACGGAGCUACAUGUUGAUGAAUCUGAGAAGACAACUGAAUACUUUGUUCCAGGCCCAGUGGUGUCACAGGGUCCCUCAGUCACAGAUAUGGAAAUGCCACAUUAUUCCACCUUUGCCUACUUCCCGACGGAGGUAACACCUCAUGCUUUUACUCCAUCCUCCGGACAACACGAUUUGGCCCCCACUGUCAACAUGGUACAAUUGCAGACAACCCAACCGGUGUACAAUGAGGCCAGUAAUAGUAGCCAUGAGUCUCGUAUUGGUCUAGCUGAGGGGUUGGAAUCCGAGAAGAAGGCAGUUAUACCCCUUGUGAUCGUGUCAGCCCUGACUUUUAUCUGUCUAGUGGUUCUUGUGGGUAUUCUCAUCUACUGGAGGAAGUGCUUCCAGACUGCACAUUUUUAUUUAGAGGACAGCACGUCCCCUCGAGUAAUAUCCACACCUCCAACACCUAUUUUUCCAAUUUCAGAUGAUGUUGGAGCAAUUCCAAUAAAGCACUUUCCCAAGCAUGUUGCAGACUUACAUGCAAGUAAUGGGUUUACUGAAGAAUUUGAGACACUGAAAGAGUUUUACCAGGAAGUGCAGAGCUGUACUGUUGACUUAGGUAUUACAGCAGACAGCUCCAACCACCCGGACAACAAGCACAAGAACAGAUACAUCAAUAUCGUUGCCUAUGAUCAUAGCAGGGUUAAGCUCGCACAACUUGCUGAAAAAGAUGGCAAACUGACUGAUUACAUCAAUGCCAAUUAUGUUGACGGCUACAACAGACCGAAAGCUUACAUUGCUGCCCAAGGUCCACUGAAAUCCACAGCGGAAGAUUUCUGGAGAAUGAUAUGGGAGCACAACGUGGAAGUUAUUGUCAUGAUAACAAACCUCGUGGAGAAAGGCAGGAGAAAAUGUGAUCAGUACUGGCCUUCCGAUGGCAGUGAGGAGUAUGGGAACUUUCUGGUCACUCAGAAGAGUGUUCAAGUACUCGCCUACUAUACUGUGAGGAAUUUUACUCUGAGAAACACGAAGAUAAAAAAGGGCUCCCAGAAAGGAAGACCCAGUGGGCGUGUGGUUACCCAGUAUCACUACACCCAGUGGCCUGACAUGGGAGUACCGGAGUAUUCACUGCCCGUGCUGACCUUCGUGAGAAAGGCAGCCCACGCCAAGCGCCAUGCCGUGGGGCCGGUUGUCGUCCACUGCAGUGCUGGGGUUGGCAGAACAGGCACGUAUAUUGUGCUAGACAGUAUGUUGCAACAAAUUCAACACGAAGGAACUGUUAACGUAUUUGGCUUCUUAAAACACAUUCGUUCACAAAGAAAUUAUUUGGUACAGACCGAGGAACAGUACGUCUUCAUCCACGAUACCCUGGUGGAGGCCAUCCUCAGUAAGGAAACCGAGGUGCCUGACAGUCAUAUCCACGCCUAUGUUAAUGCCCUUCUCAUUCCCGGACCCACAGGCAAAACAAAACUAGAGAAGCAGUUCCAGCUCCUCAAUCAAUCAAAUAUACAGCAGAGUGACUAUUCUACAGCUCUGAAGCAAUGCAACAGGGAAAAGAACAGAACUUCUUCUAUCAUCCCUGUGGAAAGAUCGAGGGUUGGCAUUUCAUCCCUGAGUGGGGAAGGCACAGACUACAUCAAUGCCUCCUAUAUCAUGGGUUAUUACCAGAGCAAUGAAUUCAUCAUCACCCAGCACCCCCUUCUCCAUACCAUCAAGGAUUUCUGGAGGAUGAUAUGGGACCAUAAUGCCCAGCUGGUGGUUAUGAUUCCUGAUGGCCAAAACAUGGCAGAAGAUGAAUUUGUUUACUGGCCCAAUAAAGAUGAGCCUAUAAAUUGUGAGAGCUUUAAGGUCACCCUUAUGGCUGAAGAACACAAAUGUCUAUCUAAUGAGGAAAAACUUAUAAUUCAAGACUUCAUCUUAGAAGCUACACAGGAUGAUUAUGUACUUGAAGUGAGGCAUUUUCAGUGUCCCAAAUGGCCAAAUCCAGAUAGUCCCAUUAGUAAAACUUUUGAACUUAUAAGUAUUAUCAAAGAUGAAGCUGCCAACAGGGAUGGACCCGUGAUUGUUCAUGAUGAGCAUGGAGGAGUGACAGCAGGCACUUUCUGUGCUCUGACAACCCUUAUGCACCAACUGGAAAAAGAAAAUUCCAUUGAUGUUUACCAGGUAGCCAAGAUGAUCAAUUUGAUGAGGCCAGGAGUCUUUGCCGAUAUUGAGCAGUAUCAGUUUCUCUACAAAGUGGUCCUCAGCCUUGUGAGCACGAGGCAGGAAGAGAAUCCAUCCACCUCUCUGGACAGUAACGGUGCAGCAUUAGCGGAUGGAAACAUAGCUGAGAGUUUGGAGUCUUUAGUGUAACACUGACAGGGAUGCGGGAGCCCCCACCUGAGCAUUGUUUCCCUCCUUCUAAACUUAGACAGGAAAUCAGUCUAGUUCUGUUAUUUGUUUACUUCCCAUCACCUGACAGUAACUAUCUUACACGACGUAGGAUUCUGCUGCCAAAUUUACAUCAUUAACAAUGUGUGCCUUUAAGCAAGACUUCUUGUAAUUCACUUAUUAUGUUUGAACUAAAAUGAUUGAAUUUUACAGUAUUUCUAAGAAUGGACUUGUGAGGUUUUUUUUUUUUUCUGUAUUGACUUUAACAGGAAAUUUCAAUUUGUAGAUAUUAGGAAUACCCAACUACACAAAAUAUUUGUUUUUAGUGUCAAAUUUUUAGCUGCCUUUGUAGCAAUCAUCAGGUUUGCUAGAAAUAUAACUUUUAAUAUAGUUGACUGUAAAUAAAACACUGUCCCCCUAUACAUGCAACAUUUUACAACUGUAGUAUUCCCUGAACGUAGAAAUAAUCUGAUACUUACUGUAAAUACUGCUCUAGUGUCUCCAUGGACCAAAUUUAUAUUUAUAAUUGUAGAUUUUAUAUUUUACUACUGAGUCAGUUUUCUAGUUCUGUGUAAUUGUUUAGUUUAAUGGUGUAACUCUCCAUUCUUACUCAAGUCUUCGGCUAUUGUCUUGUGUUAUCUAAGUGAUUAACUCUAUUGCAGCAUGUAAUUUUAACUUUUGUGAGAAAUAGAAAUACCUUCAUUUUGAAAGAUGUUUUUAUGAGAAUAACACCUUACCAAACAUUGUUCAAAUGGUUUUUAUCCAAGGAAUUGCAGAAAUAAAUAUAAAUAUUGUCAU